AUGAGCGAACUACCGGUGCCCAUCAAGAUUGAUGACAUUGCAAGUGGCAAAGUAGACAGCAAGCUUAUAUACGACGAGCUCGAGCGCCUCAAGGCCGAGGUGAACAUCCUAAGAAAUGACAUGUCCUUGUUUCUCAAACAGCUAGCAACGAUCCCCGAGAAAAGCAGUCAGCAAGAGUACCAAGAAGCAUUACAGAAACGUCUUGCUCAAGUCCAGACCUCUAUCAAGGACUACUGCGCUCGCUACAAUCGUCUCUUACCCAUCAUCAACUUGUCGCAGAUUAAAUUGGGCCAAGAGCCAGAGACCAACUCGACAGUCAACGGGCUGCCAGAGAAGAGAUCGAAUAUGCUGCCGCAGAAAAAUGGCAAGAAAAAGUAG